GGAAGCGAUAGCUGAGUGGUGGCGGCUGCUGAUUGUGUUCUAAGGGGACGGAGUGGGGUAAAGACGUUUGCUCUCCUGGAACAGCCUAUCUCAUUCCUCUCCUUCGACUACCCGUGGCGCGGAGAGUCAGGGCGGCGGCUGCAGCAGCAAGGGCGGCGGUGGCGGCGGCGGCAGCUGCAGUGACAUGUCCAGCAUGAAUCCCGAAUAUGAUUAUUUAUUCAAGUUACUUCUGAUUGGCGACUCUGGGGUUGGAAAGUCUUGCCUUCUUCUUAGGUUUGCAGAUGAUACAUAUACAGAAAGCUACAUCAGCACAAUUGGUGUGGAUUUCAAAAUAAGAACUAUAGAGUUAGAUGGGAAAACAAUCAAACUUCAAAUAUGGGACACAGCAGGCCAAGAAAGAUUUCGAACAAUCACCUCCAGUUACUACAGAGGAGCCCAUGGCAUCAUAGUUGUGUAUGACGUGACAGAUCAGGAGUCCUUCAAUAAUGUUAAACAGUGGCUGCAGGAAAUAGAUCGUUAUGCCAGUGAAAAUGUCAACAAGUUGUUGGUAGGGAACAAAUGUGAUCUGACCACAAAGAAAGUAGUAGACUACACCACAGCAAAGGAAUUUGCUGAUUCCCUUGGAAUUCCAUUUUUGGAAACCAGUGCUAAGAAUGCAACGAAUGUAGAACAGUCUUUCAUGACGAUGGCAGCUGAGAUUAAAAAGCGAAUGGGUCCUGGAGCAACAGCUGGUGGUGCCGAGAAGUCCAAUGUUAAAAUUCAGAGCACUCCGGUCAAGCAGUCAGGUGGAGGUUGCUGCUAAAAUUUGCCUCCGUCCUUUUCUCACAGCAAUGAAUUUGCAAUCUGAACCCAAGUGAAAAAAACAAAAUUGCCUGAAUUGUACUGUAUGUAGCUGCACUACAACAGAUUCUUACCGUCUCCACAAAGGUCAGAGAUUGUAAAUGGUCAAUACUGACUUUUUUUUUAUUCCCUUGACUCAAGACAGCUAACUUCAUUUUCAGAACUGUUUUAAACCUUUGUGUGCUGGUUUAUAAAAUAAUGUGUGUAAUCCUUGUUGCUUUCCUGAUAUCAGAUUGUUUCCCGUGGUUGGUUAGAAUAUAUUUUGUUUUGAUGUUUAUAUUGGCAUGUUUAGAUGUCAGGUUUAGUCUUCUGAAGAUGAAGUUCAGCCAUUUUGUAUCAAACAGCACAACCAGUGUCUGUCACUUUCCAUGCAUAAAGUUUAGUGAGAUGUUAUAUGUAAGAUCUGAUUUGCUAGUUCUUCCUUGUAGAGUUACAAACGGAAAGAUUACACUAUCUGAUUAAUAGUUUCUUCAUACUCUGCAUAUAAUUUGUGGCUGCAGAAUAUUGUAAUUUGUUGCACACUAUGUAACAAAACAACUGAAGAUAUGUUUAAUAAAUAUUGUACUUAUUGGAAGUAAUAUCAAACUGUAUGGUGAUAAGUAUUGUUUUAAUUCUUAUGGCUAAAGGGAAAUAGAGCCUUGCAUUAUACUCAAAACAGCCAUUUGUGUGUGCAACCAGGGCAUUGUAGACCUAUCUUAGAGCAGCAUCCAAUAUGCUUUCCAGAUAAUAUACCCAGUAAAUGACCUAGGGAGGCUUGUGUGCUGCACAGGGAUUUAACCAAGCUUAGUGGUUCAGGGAGAUUAAACUGUAUGAAAAUAAGUUUUAGAAUGUAUGCUACUUAGCCUAUUAUCUCUGAUCCUUCUCUAGAACCAUUUGAAAUGGCUUCAUUGAUCAACAUUUGAUUCUUCUGUGGUAGAGGUGGAAAACACCUUUCCUUAAUUGGCAGACUAACACGUAUGCUUAUAUUGUUUCUUCCAUGUUUGGAGUCAGAUGUCAGCUGUUUUAUCCUCCGCAAUUGUAUACCUUAGGUUGGAGAUGAGUUAAAGCAUUGAAGUAGGAAGCAGGAAAUUUACUAUUUGCCCUAAUUUUAGAAAAUAUGUCCCUUAAAAUUAGCUGAAAACAUGAAUGCUGGGUGGGAGCAGUAAAUGAGAAAUAUUUAUUUCAGUUGAAUUUUGCACAUGUGAAAAAUUUGUUAAUUUGGUUAAAGAUCCUAGGGUUUGUUUUUAUUGUGGGGGAACGAAAAUCUUUUGCCAGCUCUGGCAUUUUACGGUGAUAGAAGUCAAAGAUUGUUUCCUUCGGGUUGAAAUAGUAACCAAAAUAUUCUUUACUUAGGGGCGUGGGAUGUGGCUGUUGGCUACACAUUUUAUGGUGGGGUCUUUAAUUCAGUGAUAAAAUUUAAACGAAAAACAAGCCAAAAAUUAUAGGUUUCUUUAUUUUCACUAAACAGGCAAUUGAAAUACAUGGUACAAAAAUAAGUGGUAAGAUUAUUGUAAAAUGAA